GAAUUUCCUGUCAUGCACGUCACUUGAAGUAUAAAAGACCUGAGCCCGAAGAUAAUCUGGACAGGAAUUUUCUAGAAGGUGUUGUAUACUGGUGAUUUUCUUGUGUUUGUUUACAGACGCCGCCUUAGAAGAUGGUGAAGGAAACUGGGUAUUACGAUGUUUUGGGUGUGAAAUCAAAUGCUACACCAGAAGAACUCAAGAAAGCGUAUAGAAAACUAGCACUAAGGUACCACCCAGACAAGAAUCCAAAUGAAGGAGAAAAGUUUAAGCAAAUUUCACAAGCCUAUGAAGUGUUGUCUGAUCCAAAGAAGAGGGAGCUGUAUGACAGAGGUGGUGAACAAGCAAUUAAAGAAGGCAGCAUAGGUGGCGGUGGCUUCGGUUCACCAAUGGACAUUUUUGAGAUGUUCUUUGGAGGAGGUGGAAGAAUGCAGAGAGAAAAGAGAGGAAAGAAUGUUGUUCAUCAACUCAUGGUAACACUAGAAGACUUGUACAAUGGUGCUACAAGGAAAUUGUCUUUGCAGAAAAAUGUUAUAUGUGACAAAUGUGAAGGUAGAGGGGGUAAAAAAGGUGCAGUGGAAUGCUGUCCAAAUUGUCGAGGUACUGGCAUGCAUGUUAGGAUCCAUCAGAUUGGACCAGGUAUGGUUCAGCAGAUCCAGUCAGUUUGCCAAGAAUGUCAUGGUCAAGGAGAGCGCAUUCGUCCCAGAGAUAGAUGCAAGACCUGCAAUGCAAAAAAGAUUGUCCGGCAGAAGAAGAUUUUAGAAGUUCAUAUUGAUAAAGGUAUGAAAGACGGACAGAAAAUCUCGUUUUAUGGUGAAGGUGAUCAGGAGCCAGGUUUAGAGCCAGGAGAUGUAAUAAUUGUCUUGGAUCAGAAGGACCAUCCAGUUUUCACAAGGCGAGGCGAUGACUUGAUAAUGCAUAUGGAAAUUGAGCUGGUAGAAUCUCUGUGUGGCUUUCAAAAACCAGUCAGAACAUUAGAUGACAGAACAAUGCUUAUAACUUCACAUCCAGGUCAGGUCAUUAAACAUGGUGAUGUUAAAUGUGUUAUGAAGGAAGGAAUGCCUGUUCAUCGCAAUCCAUAUGAAAAGGGUAACUUGAUAGUGGAGUUUAAGGUCAAUUUUCCAGAAAAUGGUUUCUUGUCUGCAGACCAACUAAACUUACUGGAACAGUUCUUGCCAAAAAGAAAAGACGUAGAAAUGGCUGAUGAAAUGGAGCAAGUUGAAAUGAUGGAGUUUGACCAUUCACAUGAUAGAAAGCACUACAAAGGAGAAGCCUACCAUGAGGAUGAGGAUGACCACCCAAGAGGUGGUGUACAGUGUCAAACCUCUUGAUAAAACACUAUGUGAACAGUGAAGGCAGUCUUGUCUCACUUUUGUCUGUUAAGGACUUGUGCUCACUUGUUAAAAUGCCUUCUUAGAAUUUUCAUUGUCCCAGCAAAUUAUGUAAGCAAAUUAUGUAAAAUAUAAGUUACAAUUGAAUAAAACAAAUAUUUUUUAUUUACCACUGUUAAA